AUGACAACAGUUUCUGCAUUUAGUGGAGGCAAGGACUCAACCAUUAUUAAAUGGUGCAUAAAGGAAUUUCGGAGAAUUCAAACCGUUUUCGGUGGGAAGCGGUCUUCCUCUUACCCAUUUCACACCGGUCCCAUCCUAUCAAUCGCCAUCUCUAGCGACUGCAAGUAUUUGGUAAG